CUGAAGGCCGCAGCCGGUUUCCACGGCAACGAGCGGGGCCGGACUCCGGGCCCGGCGUGUGGGCGGAGCCACCUCCCCCCGCCUCGGCCCGAGCCGCGCAGUGAGCGUCCCGGCCCGGCCUCGCUCGCACGCACGCACGCAGCGCUGCGCGAUGGCUCCCGCCGCCGACAGGGCCGGCUACUGGGGCGCGCCCACCUCCACCCUGGAGUGGUGCGAGGAGAACUACGCCGUGUCCUACUACAUCGCCGAGUUCUGGAACACAGUGAGUAACCUGAUUUUCAUUCUACCUCCAAUCUAUGGUGCGAUUCAGACCUAUAAAGAUGGCCUUGAAAAACGAUAUUUAGCUGCAUAUUUUUGUCUCACAGCUGUUGGAUUGGGAUCCUGGUGCUUCCACAUGACCCUGAAGUAUGAAAUGCAGCUGUUGGAUGAGCUGCCAAUGAUAUACAGUUGUUGUGUGUUUGUCUACUGCCUGUACGAAUGUUUCAAGCACAAGAACAGUGUCAAUUAUCAUCUGCUUUUUGUAUUAAUAACUUUCAGCAUCAUAGUCAGCAUAAUUUACCUAAAUUUGAAAGAGCCGGUAUUUCAUCAGAUUGUGUAUGGAGCACUGGUUUCUGUUAUAGUACUUCGGUCUGUAUAUAUUGUAUUGUGGGUAUACCCAUGGCUUAGGGGUCUGGGCUAUACAUCCUUAAGUGUAUUUUUAAUGGGAUUUUUUUUUUGGAAUGUAGACAACAUUUUCUGUGACAAAUUGAGGGCAGUACGAGAGAAGAUGCCUCCUGUUGUGGGAGCCGUGACACAGUUUCAUGCUUGGUGGCACAUUUUUACGGGCCUUGGCUCUUACCUUCAUAUCCUACUAAGCUUAUACACAAGGACACUUUUCCUGAAGUACAGGCCAAAGGUGAAGUUUCUUUUUGGAAUAUGGCCUAUUCUCCUGGUGGAACCCCCCAAGGAGCACUGAUUGUGAGAGAUCCAACCAACCAAGUGUGACCACUGGCUGAAUAAAGAAAUUCCACCGCUGUUGACAUUGAUGUGGCAAAAUUAUGCAUCAGCUCAAGGGUUGUGUAGCAGGAAAUAGACUUCUCUGUAUUACUGGUAUUGCCAGACACAACAGAAAGUGAAGAGUUGGCGCAUUAUGGGAAUAAUGUUUAGAACAGUUUUAUUGUUAAGGUGUUAAAACAAAAUUAAGACACAAUAUUUUUUUGUGUAUAUGUUGUAUAGCUGAAGAUACUGGGCUAAUAUUUUGUGCUGGUCACAGAAACCUUACCAUUUUUUGAAAUGGGUUGCAUUUGUUUUCAUUCAGUUGUCCGUGGCUAAACUAAUAUUAGUAACUGAAUUAUGAAGAUGGUAGGCCAAGUGAUGGCCAGUCUAAGCAUCCAGGGGGCCUGUCAUGAAUUGAAUCCUUCUGAACUAAUUCAAGCUUGCACCUUUAUACAGUUUAGUGAGGUAUGUAAUUAGUUAGGGCUCUCUUUUACCAUGCUUAUAUGUUGCUGUUUGCAGUAAGUCAAGGGAGUGGGACGCGUAGAGAGAUUGUAUUAAAUUAGGUCAGGCUUCCAUUUUCUUUUGAGGAUGCAGGACCCCUCGGGAGUGUUUUCCAGCAGUGCCUGGGGAUAGGGCGCACUAAUGAAAUGGCUCAAGGACCCUUUAAAAAGGGGUUUAGACUCACUUAGACAUUCUUGCUAUGUGAGGAAACUUAACAACUGUCCCAAAUCCUUCUAACUUGUGUGAGAAUCCAGGAGGCCAUUUCUGGUCAUUCUGAAUAUCCCUAGCAAGUACUGAACACCCUUUCCUAACCCUGCUUUCAUUUGCAAAUCAUUCGUGCUCACAGAUUCACAGCCACUUCAUUUAAAUGCUUGUUUAUAUCCGUGUUGGUCUAGCUUUAAAUUUUCUCCCCUCCCCCGCCAUAUAUUUUACAAUCUUACAAAUAUCCACCGGAUUUUCAGAGGUGCUAAAUAUCCUUCACUCCCACUGACUUCAGUUGGAGUGAAGGGUGCUCAGUACUUACAAAAACCAGGCCUUUUUUUGAUCUCCUCAGCAGAAUUGACAGAGCUCUGAGGCUAAGUCUACACUAGAGACCUUACAGCGGUACUGCUGUACCAAUGCAGCUGCACCACUCUAAGGGCUCCCGUGCAGCCGCUCUAUGGCAACGGGAGAGAGCUCGCCCGUCAUCAUAAUUAAACCACCCCCAACGAGCGGCAGUCGCUGUGGUCAUAGGUGCUGACUUCAUGGGUGUCCAGGGCUGGGUCACCCCUGGGAAAAAUGGGCAGCCAGCUCUCCCCACCCCUUGCCAGCAACUCUGCUGAUCAACUUCUCCCCCUCCUUCCCAGAGCCUCCUGCCCGCCACAGAUCAGCUGUUCUGCGGCAUGCAGGAGGCUCUGGGAGAGAGGGGGAGGAGCUGGGGUGUGGCCUUGGGGGAAGGGGUGGAGUGGGGCCAGGGCACCCAUAAAGCUGCUUCAAAGAUCUGCAACAUCUUGGCCAUGUAUCUUUUUUGUUUUUGUUUUACCUCUUCCAAGAUAAGACUAGAUCCUGUAAUCUACAAUCAAUACUAACCAAAAUUAUCUUUUCCUUUUGAAUGUGUUUGCAAUUUACCCACACACUUUAGAGGCCUUCUAUAGUACCACUAUCAGUAUGUCAAUCUUUAAAUGGUGGUUUGACUAGCAGUUGACAGCUAGCUUGCAGUCUGGGUAAACAUUAUCUGAUAGAUCUGCAACUUAAACAUAGCUAAAGUCACUAGUCAGGAACCCGUCUCUAUUCAGGAAGCGUGUUUAGUCCCAUUGAAGUCAAUGGGAAUUAAGCAUGGGCUUUCCUGAAUUGGGCGCCUUGAUUAUCUGGAAAAAAGUAGUUUCUGAGAAGAGCUUUGCAGUCGGUUUCCAAAAUACAGCCAAAGAGGCUGCCUCUUCUCUCCCCGCAAAACGCCCCAAAGCAAGCCUGUGCCCUGCCCGAGGAGCACGACUUUGGAUCUUUUUAGUCACCUCUGCCACAAAUGGGAGUCGAGCACAUGCUUUGCUGAGUUAGGGCCAGAAGCACCAUCCCAUUGCAGCAGUUCUGCUUUAUAUCUGCAGCAUGCAGAACAUAUCAGCAGUCACUGAUGGCCUCCUGGCUACUUAAUAUUUUUAAAAAAACUUUUUUUCCCCCAGUGGCCUUAUUUUUCUUGUUGCAGAGUCGGGGGGUUAUGUAUUUUCAGGACUUACCUGUGUAUGUGCAGUCACUGCCAUGUGCUAAAAGCCAAUUUCCUGAUGAAGAGAUGUCUCUGUGCUUGUGUAAGAUGUUUCAAAAAACUUGCUCAACAGCCUACGUGCUUGUGAGAAGCAAGGUAGCACAUUCCUUUUCAGAUCAUGUAAAAUUAAUUUGUCGGGAUGUCAAAUAAGUGUUAACGUGUCUUAUCAGUUUGCUUCUGUUUGAUUUUUUUGCUCAAAAAUGUAAAAACAGUUUUGGGGUUUCUAUUUUUAGCUUAAUGUUUUGCAAGGUGGCUUAUUCUUUCACUUUAAGUAGCCAAAACACACACUUUUCCCCAAGAGCCUCUCUUCAAGACAUUGCCACUACAUAAAGAAUGUAAUUGAGAUGUGUAAGUCUCUAACUACAAAUAGUCAUCUAAAGUGAUGGAUGUGUUGGGAAGCACUACCUUACUAAUUGUAAGUCCUAUUGAAAAUGUCAGGACAGAAUAAACUUUAUAUUCUUAUUUCAAACAUGA